AUGGAUCCAGUCAAGUUUGUACCCUUUUCAUCGACCGUUGAUUCUCCCUUUUGGGUAGAAUACUGUCAUCUCAAGCUAGAGGACAUUCAAUUGUCCGAAGAUGCCAUUUCCAUGCAAGCCCAAGUUCAGCCAAUAUCAAGUAGCAACGUGGCACGUUUGCAAUGUUUGGGAGGAGGAUCCAAUUCCUUGACGCAUUCCGUCAGAAAGCUAACGCCUACUGCGGUCCAAAGGUCAUCCGUCGACAAAAUGAUCUUUCAGGGCAAUCUUGUGGGAUUCAAUACCUUGGAGACUUUUUCCAAAGUGGAUAAGAAUAAGCUCUUGAAGGAACAUUUUCUGAAAGGCUUCUUGUCGUCAGAGGAAGCCAACGACGAACAAAUAUUGAAAAGCCUCACGUCCUUUAUUUUGCUAACCUUUCCGGAUCUAAAGCAACACAAGGUUCUCUAUUGGUUUGGAAUUCCUGCCUUGAUGAGCAAGACCAAGCUCCAGGCUAAGCGAUUGCCAUCGUUUUCUUCCGAAGAACAAUUGGUCCUGGAACAAGCCUUUCACAGCUUUCGAAGGGAGCAAGAGUCCAAUCAGCUGCCAACAUUCUUUGUCUUUUCGAAUCAAGAUCCCAGUGAUAUUGUCAUUCAUCCAUUGUCCAAGGAUUCCUUUUCCAAAUUGUCCAAGGAUCAUGAUGGUUCUGCUGAGCAGUUGGUCUUUGGGUUUGUCGACUCGACGACAGUGACGACUGAUACUACGCAACAAGUGGUUCCACCAAUGGGUUGGCCACUUCGAAACUUGUUGGCCUAUCUAUCGAUACAUUUGAAUUUGGGUGGAUCCACCAUCUCCAUUCUCAGUUUUCGACCCAAUCGGCUACAUCGACUGGUAGACGAAACGAUUCCAUCUGUUAAUUCUUCUUCCAAUAACCACAUUCAAUUGCAAAUGGCCGUUCCCAACAAGGAAGACUACUCGUUUGAACAAAACAAUACUAGCGACAAUAACAAUCCAUACGACAAAUACAAGGUGGUGGGUUGGGAAUUGAAUGCUCGUGGCAAACCGGGACCGAGAUGGGUCAAUCUCAAGCCGUUGCUAGAUAAAAAUCAUUUGGCCAUCCAAGCGGCCGAUCUGAAUCUCAAACUCAUGAAGUGGAGAAUGAUUCCGAAUCUGGACGUCACUCGGCUGCAAUCCACCAAGGUACUCUUGAUUGGAGCGGGAACCUUGGGUUGCAGCGUGGCCAGAACUUUGAUGGGAUGGGGAAUUAGGGAUUUUACCAUUUUGGAUUAUGGGACUGUUAGCUAUUCGAAUCCAGUCCGACAAAAUUUGUUUGCUCUGGAAGAUUGUCAUUUCAACAAUGGUCAAGGCAAACCAAAGGCGCAGGCAGCCGCCGAUGCGCUCAAGACGAUUGCCGCAGAUGUCAAGAGUCGAGGGAUCCAUCUAUCCAUUCCCAUGCCCGGUCAUUCCGAAUCCUUGGAAUCCGUCCAAGAGUCAGUCUCUCAAUUGGAUACGCUGGUCCAAGAGGCCGAUGCCAUUUUCCUAUUGACCGACACAAGAGAAUCAAGAUGGUUGCCCACGGUAAUGGCGGCAGCCCAUGAUAAGAUUUUGAUCAAUGCUGCCUUGGGAUUAGAUUCUUGGUUGGUCAUGCGUCAUGGAGGUGGAGUCGGAAAUAGACUGGGAUGCUACUUUUGCAAUGAUGUUGUUGCGCCAGAGAAUUCCACCAAGAAUCGAACUUUGGAUCAGCAAUGUACGGUGACACGACCUGGUUUGGCACCCAUUGCUUCGUCCAUGGCGGCAGAGCUCUUGGUGUCUAUCAUGCACCAUCCCUUGAAGCAACUAGCACCGGCUCCCAAAACUCGAUCGUCUGCUUUUUCUCCCACCGUUUCAAAAGGUGGAGACGACGAAGAGGAAGAAGUCUCCGACAGCAGCCCAUUGGGAGUAAUGCCCCAUCAAAUUCGAGGCUCCUUGGUCAGCUACACCAUGAUGACACCAACCGUUCCCUGCUUUACUCACUGCACGGGAUGUUCUCAACCACUUAUUGAUGCCUACAAGAAGGACAAGAUGGAACUAGUCUUUGAAACUUGCAAGUCAGUAAAUGGAUCCUACCUGGAACAGAUUUCUGGAUUGGAGGAAUUUCGGGCGCAAGCCGCCGCCAAAAUGGCCGAAAUGGAUGAGAUGGACUGGGAUGUCGAAGACGAUGGUGACGAGGAUUUUUGA